UUGACUUCACAAUCUCAUCAUUUCUCAAACAAACAAAAUCUUGCAUUUUCAUUCUGAGUUAGAACUUAGAAGAUGGCAGAGGCUGUGGUUGAAUUUGUGCUUAAGAAUUUGACCUCACUCAUUGCAAACAAGCUUGGCCUAUUUCUUGGUUUCGAUAAAGACUUUACGAGUAUUGCUAGCUUGCUCACUACAAUCAAGGCUACACUUGAAGAUGCUGAAGAGAAACAAUUCUCAAACAUAGCUAUAAAGGAUUGGUUGCAAAAGUUGAAAGAUGCUGCUCAUGUUCUAGAUGAUAUUUUGGACGAGUGUGCCACUGAAGCAUUCGAGUACAAACGAGUCAACUGUGGACAAUCUGAGAACGUACAAACCUCUUUCUUAUCAUCUUUUCAUCCAAAGCAUGUUGCUUUCCGUUACAAAAUUGCUAAGAAAAUGAAAAAGAUAAGGGAGAGGUUAGAUGAAAUUAGCGAAGAAAAGAGCAAGUUUCAUUUGGUUGAGACAGAUAGGAAGAGGAGAAAUGGAGUCAUUGACUGGCGCGAAACCACCUCAAUCGUCACUCAACCUCAAGUAUAUGGAAGGGAUGGAGACAAGGAUAAAAUUGUAGACUUUUUGGUUAGUGAUGCAUCUGAAUUGGAGGAUUUAUCGGUCUAUCCAUUAACAGGUAUAGGUGGACUUGGUAAAACAACACUCGCCCAACUCAUCUUCAACCAUAAGAGGAUAGUUGACCACUUCGAGCUAAGAAUUUGGGUGUGUGUUUCAGAAGAUUUCAGUCUGAAGAGAAUGACAAAAGCUAUGAUAGGAUCAAUAUCUGGAAAUUCCUAUGAUUGUGAGGAUUUGGAUCUCGAGCCACUACAAAGAAGACUGCAAGAGUUACUUCGAGGUAAAAGAUAUUUGCUUGUUUUGGAUGAUUUGUGGGAUGAGGAACAAGAGAAUUGGCAGAAGUUGAAGUCUGUAUUGUCUUGUGGAAGAAAGGGUGCUUCGAUUUUGGUCACUACACGGCUUUCAAAGGUAGCAGAAAUCAUGGGAACGGUGCCUCCACAUGAACUAUCAAUGAUGUCUGAUGAAGACUGUUGGGAAUUGUUUAAAAAUCGAGCAUUUGGACCAACUGAGGUAGAAUCGACAAAACUUGUGGAAAUUGGAAAAGAGAUACUAAAGAAGUGUAGGGGAGUGCCUCUCGCAGCAAUAACAUUAGGAAGUCUGUUGCGCUUUAAAAGAGAAGAAAAAGAAUGGCUCCAUGUCAAGGAAAGCAAGUUGUGGACCUUACAAGGUGAGAACUCUGUCAUGCAGGCCUUGAGAUUAAGUUACUUGUACUUGCCAGUCAAGUUGAGACAAUGCUUUACCUUUUGUGCAAUAUUUCCAAAAGAUGAAGAAAUAAGUAAGAAACUUAUAAUUGAACUUUGGGUGGCCAAUGGAUUCAUUUCAUCCAAUGAAAUGUUGGAAGCGGAAGAUAUUGGUGAUGAGGUGUGGAAUGAACUAUAUUGGAGUUCACUUUUUCAAGAUAUUCAAACAGAUAAAUUUGGCAAGGUUAUGUAUUUCAAAAUGCAUGAUCUUGUUCAUGAUCUUGCUCAAUCUUUUGGAGAGGAAACUUGUUGCAGUACAUAUAAUAAGGGUAUAGUUAAUAUGCAUGCAAGAACCCGUCACUUCUCAAUUUACGAACAACACACAUCUGAUGAAAACAAUUCAAUCCAGUUGCACCAUGCCAACUCCUUGAAGACCUACAUAGAGUUGAAGUCCAGUGAUACUAAACAACUUUCACCUCAAGUAUUGAAAUGUUAUUCUUUGAGGGUGCUUUCGAGCAAAAGACUAAAAAAUUUGUCAACUUUGAUUGGUCGUUUAAAAUAUCUAAGGUACUUAGAUAUUUCUCAUGGUAGUUUCAAAACUCUUCCACAAUCUCUUUGUAGGCUUUGCAAUUUGCAGGUUUUGAAAUUAGACUAUUGUUAUCAUCUAAAAAGUUUGCCUGAUAGUUUAACAUGCUUAAAAGCUCUACAACAACUAUCUUUGAGAUAUUGCUACUCACUAUCAAGCUUGCCCCCUCAUAUAGGAAAGCUGACUUUCCUAAGGACUUUAGGUAUAUAUGUUGUUGGUAAGAAAAUAGGGUACCUUUUGGAAGAAUUGGGACAACUAAACCUUAAGGGAGAGCUUCACAUCAAGCACCUAGAGAGAGUAAAAAGUGUAGCACAGGCCAAAGAAGCCAAUAUGUCCAGUAAACACUUGAACCAAUUGAGGUUGUCGUGGGGGAGAAAUGAAGGGUCACAAUUACAAGAAAAUGUUGAGAAAAUUCUGGAAGUGCUUCAACCUCAUACCCAACAACUUGAUUUUUUGGGUGUGGGAGGAUAUACAGGUACGUAUUUCCCACAGUGGAUGUCUAGUCCUUCUCUAAAAGGCUUAACUUCUUUACAGCUCGCGGAUUGCAAAAGCUGUUUACACCUUCCGCAGCUAGGGAAACUAGCUUCUUUGAAGAAUCUAAAAAUAUCUAACAUGAGUCAUGUAAUAUACCUAAGGGAUGAGUCCUAUAAUGGUGGAGUUGGAGGUUUAAUGGCUUUGGAAGCUCUAGUCCUAGAGAAUCUGCCAAACUUGAUAAGGCUAUCAAGGGAGGAUGGAGAAAAUAUGUUCCCGGCCCUUAGUUUACUUCAAAUUACUGAAUGUUCUAAUUUGUCUGGUUUUCCUUGCCUUCCAUCUCUCAAGGAGUUGUAUAUAGAAGGGAAAUACAAUCAACAUUUACUAACAUCAAUUCAUAAAUUAGGUAGUCUUGAAACCCUACGUUUCUUGAAGAAUGAAGAGUUAACUUGCUUUCCAGAUGAGAUCUUAGUAAACCUUGGAUCUUUAAAGACAUUAGGCUUUCAUCACCACUCCAAACUCGAGAUACUCCCAAAUGAAAUCAUUAACCUUCAUGCUCUCCAAAUCUUAUAUAUCGGCAAUUGCGAUAGCAUUGAGUCAUUGACAGAUGAAGUAUUGAAAGGACUAUGCUCUCUCAAGGUGCUACAUAUAGUGAAGUGCCACAAGUUGAAUCUGUCAGAAGGUUUUCAAUACCUAACUUGUCUAGAGAUAUUGACGAUAUCUAGCUGUCCGGAAGUAGAAAGUUUGCAUGAGGCUUUGCAACAUAUGACUUCUCUGCAAUGCAUAAUAUUGUCUGAUCUUCCAAAACUAGAAUCUUUGCCUGACUGGUUGGGAAACCUUUCCUUGCUUCAGACAUUAAGGAUUUCUUUGUGUCCUAAUUUGAGCUGUCUUCCGGCGAGCAUCCAAUGUCUUAGCAGUCUAAAACUAUUGUGUAUUGAAUGCUGCCCUCGGGUGGAGAAGCGAUGCCAGAAGGAAAUAGGCGAGGACUGGUCAAAAAUAGCUCAUGUUCAGCAUAUUGAAGUACGAAGUAAGAAAGUAGUACAUGGCGAUCGAUAUUAUGGGGCUGGUGAAGUUUUCCUGGGGCACUGCUCCCUAUAGAGUGCACCAUUGCUCUGUGGAUGACUGCAUUUAUCAGGUCAUGUAAGCUUAGAUGUGUGUUUUCAUCUCCAUAAGCCACAAAAUUGUUAAAUUAUGUGCAUUAAACCGCUUGGCGUUUCUGCAAGUGCAAGUACAAAAUUGUCGGAAUUUCUUCCUAUAAUUGAUGAGGCACCAUUACCAAAUGUGAUUUGGUUGGUAGCAAGCAUUUUAGAGGGUUAGAUUGCAUUACAAGAACAAGUCCUUCAAAGCUGCUAUGGAAAUUUGUGCUACUAUUAAUGAGCUAUUUUAAUUUGUGUCUUUAAUUAGUCAAUUUGGUCAUUGAACGUGUCUUCUGUCACUCAGUUUGGUCCAUGAAAUAAGACACUUACGGAUGUUUUUGAAGUUGAAUACAUUCAAGGAUUAUAAUGACACUGUCUCGCACUGAGGAACCAAAAUAACUGUUUAUGCAACAGAAAACUAGAUUAGCAACAUGAUAUGGAAAAACCGAAAAUGUAUGGAUUCUAAAGGAUAACCUUACAUUAUCUUCUAUACAGCCCAAAUAGUAGCAAACUAGCAAUGAACCGAAGCAGUUUGUGUAGUUGAACUCAAUUAUUUAAUUAGGUCUAUGAACAUAGUUAAAGAAUCAAUUGAGCUGAACAUGGAGCCUAACAUUGGUCUACUUUGGUUCAUAAUAAUCUUGAAUAUGAAACUUUAAACACUCAAUGAAUGACACUAAAAAAGUGUUGUAAAAGUAUUGCAGUUAAUGCAAUCUGCACAUUUCAAGUCUUUUUUACUCUUUCUAUCUAACA